CGCAUCCACCCAGAUUUGCAACUGAAAAACGGCCACACAAGGAACCGAUCCACACACACAUCUUAAAGCCUUCGGAGCAAAACUAAUUAUGGCUGUGUUUCCCCUCCGUCUAUUCUCAGGGUUCACGAUCCUCGCCUUAUGCGCUGCACUUAAGUAUAUCUUUGUGAAUGAGAAGAAGACAUGGACAGAAGCUCAGAGCUACUGUAGAGAUAAAUACACUGAUCUGGUCACCGUUGAAAAUGAACAAGCGAUGGAGAAGUUACUCAACAUCAUGGAUAACUAUAACUCCAUUGAUCUGACAUGGAUUGGACUCUAUGAUGAUCUGAACAGUUGGAAAUGGACUCUAGAGGACAAGGAUUUCUUUAAAGAAGGAGAAAAACUAUUUAGGAACUGGAAUAACCCUGGACCUGGGAAUAAUGGAGAACAAAGUCUUUGUGUGAAUAUUGAGAAUGGGAGAUGGAUUGCAAAGAGUUGCAGCACAGCAUACUUUUUUGUCUGCUAUGAUGGAAGAGUGAAUGCUAGUGAAAGUUAUGUUCCUGUUAGCCAGUCCAAAAGCUGGACUCAAGCUCAAAGUUACUGCAGACAGCAUCACAGCGACCUUGUCAGUGUCAAAAAUGAGAGUGAAAAUCAGAAGAUACUCUAUCUUUUGCAAAAUUAUUAUGAUUCGUGGAUUGAUCUGUACAGGACCAGAUCUCGGUCAGAUCAGAGUAACUCUACAUUCAUUAACUGGAUGACAGGAGAGCCGAAUAAUGCUGGAAACAGUGAAAACUGCACUGCUGUGUCAUUCAGUGAUGCUGGAGAAUGGACGGAGCAAAACUGCAAUUAUCAGUUACCUUUCAUAUGCUACAGUGCGACUGCACUGGAAUCCCGUCAGUAUCACUUUAUAUCAGUGAAUAAGAGCUGGUCUGAAGCUCAGACAUACUGCAGACAGAAUUACACUGAUCUGGCCACCAUUGAUAACAGGACAGAGAUGAACAGUGUGAUGAACACAGUUAAUGGGAGUUAUAAUGGAUCAGCCUGGAUUGGACAGUAUGAUGAAGUCAACAGCUGGAGAUUGUCACUGGAUGAUUCUGGUUUCUAUCAGGAAGGAGAGAGAGAAUUCAAAAACUGGAAUCAUCAACCGGACAACUAUAGGGGAAAUGAACUGUGCGUUUACAUGGAUGUAGAAGAUGGAAGCUGGUUUGAUUCCUCAUGUGACAACACACUUCCAUUUGUUUGCUUUGACGGUAGAGAGAAUGCAACACAGAGAUAUAUCAAAGUUACUGCGAGACGCACCUGGACAGAAGCUCGGAGAUACUGCAGAGAACAUCACACAGAUCUCGUCAACAUGAGAAACCUGACUGAGAAUCAGAGAUUCAUUAGCAGUGAAGGUGGUGUGUUCUGGAUCGGUCUGUACAGAAACAGGAUUUGGUCAAAUCAUGCUCUUUCCAGUUAUCAAAACUGGAAACCAGAAGGAUUCAUACAAAGCUCAGUCGAUCGGUUGAAUUGAAGAAUAGUUUUCAGUUCUGUACAGCAGUUUCAGUUAACGAAUGGGGUGAAUGGACAUAUGAGAGUUGUUUUUCCAUCAGGCCUUUCUUCUGCU